ACAUCAUUAUUUCUCAGGAAUGUUUCAGGAAUCGCAGUCAGAGCCCCUUCAUCUUCGCCUGCACCCGCUUUCAGAAGCGCUGCUCUCGUAAAACCGUUUUCUUCUUGGAACAGCAUCCCCCAGAGCUGGAAUGCUGUUUGAACAGCAGAUGGGGCAAACGCUCCUCUGGGGGGAUCUCAGAGGAGGAAGAAUUCAUUGACUGGUGGAGCAAAUUCUACGCUUCCACAGGGGAGAGGGAGAAGUGUGGCUCCUACCUGGAGAAGGGCUUUGACACCCUGCAGGUCUAUGAGACAGAGCUGGAACGCAUGGAGGCCUUCGAGCAGCUCUCUGACUUCUGCCACACCUUCAGGCUGUACCGUGGCCGGGUGCAGGAUGCCAACGACGAUCCCUCAGUCGUGGGCGAGUUCAAGGGUUCCUUCAAAAUCUACCCUCUGCCCGACGACCCCCGCGUGCCGCUGCCACCUCGACAGUUCCACCAACUGCCAGCCAGGGGGCCCCAGGAAUGUCUGGUCAGGGUCUACAUCAUCCGUGCCUUUGGUCUGCAGCCCAAGGAUGCCAACGGGAAGGUAAGCUGCUGGGGGGCUGCUGGGGGGCUGCUGGGAAGCCCCGGCUCUGAGUGCAUCACCAUGAGAGGUGACAAAGUUUGGAGAUCGGGUGACAGCGUAAGGAAUGGUCCCCUUCGUUCUUCCUUUAGCUGCAACAUCUGGGAAUCCCAGCAGCUGACUCUCCCCCCCCCAUCUUAAGGACUGGUUAAAAUUGCCUGAGAAGAUUUGUUUUAUUUUAUUUUAUUUUAUUUCAUUUUUCCUCGGCGCCAAAGGAAGGAAAAACGAUGGCUUUCACGUCACUGCUUUCUUGGCUGAGCUUUGCCAGUCCAGUGCAAAAAGAAAAUUGCGUUGGUUCAAAAAGAAAAUGCUCUUUGUUUCAGUUUGAAACAAACAAACAAAAAAUACCCUCAGAACUCAGAGAAAAAUCCUUCUUAACCCUCUUUGCUCCACUGGAAAAUAGGGA